GGCUGUCUCCGGCCGCUCGCUCGGCGUUCGGGUCCGCGGCCGCUGCGGCGCCGGGCAUUUCUCCGCAGCUCGGCUCGCGGCCGCGCCCGCCGCCGCCCGGCCCCGCGCCCAUGCAGGCCAUCAAGUGUGUGGUGGUCGGCGAUGGUGCCGUGGGGAAGACUUGCUUGCUGAUCAGCUACACGACCAACGCCUUCCCGGGAGAGUAUAUCCCCACAGUUUUCGACAACUACUCAGCCAACGUGAUGGUGGAUGGGAAGCCGGUCAACCUGGGUCUGUGGGACACCGCUGGCCAGGAAGACUACGAUAGGCUUCGGCCACUCUCCUACCCUCAAACCUUCUGUCUGUCCCUCCCUCUGAAGGAUGUCUUUCUGAUCUGCUUCUCCCUGGUGAGCCCGGCCUCCUUUGAGAACGUCCGUGCCAAGUGGUACCCAGAGGUGCGGCACCACUGCCCCCACACACCCAUCCUUCUGGUGGGUACCAAGCUGGACCUGCGUGAUGACAAGGACACCAUUGAACGGCUACGGGACAAGAAGCUGGCGCCCAUCACCUACCCACAAGGCCUGGCCAUGGCCCGAGAGAUUGGUUCUGUCAAAUACCUGGAGUGCUCAGCCCUGACCCAGAGAGGUCUGAAGACAGUGUUUGAUGAGGCUAUCCGGGCAGUACUCUGCCCGCCUCCCGUGAAAAAGACAGGCAAGAAGUGCACUGUCUUCUAGAACCCUGUCUGGCUGGCUUGGCUGAGGAACCCUCGGGUUGAGCUGUCCGGUGUCCCUAAGUCUGCUGUGGGAAGUGGUGUGGGUGGGGAGGGGGAGCAUGGGGACAAGGCUGGGGUGAUGGGGUCCUGUCCCCUGUGCCUCCUUUUUCUGGGAUAUAGCACCAGUCUUCCCUGGUUCCUUUGGGAGGCCAGGAGGGAGCAGGGUCUCCCUCAGGGCUGCAGGGGUGGGUCCAGGGGAGCCCCAGGAUGGGCUUCCCUGGAGGGGAGGGUGGGGGUGGGUUUUGUUCAUCACGUCCCAGGAAAGGGCGGCCCCUUCUUAUUUUAUACAAUAAACAUUCACCACCUCCUCUGU